CGGAAGUGACGUGUGACGGUCCGGUUCGGUUGCAGAGAUGGCGGCUGUGGGCAGCCGGAGUGUCAUGGUUCUCCUACUGACAGCUGGGUCCUGGCUGCUGCAGGGAGCCCGGGGAACCGACCCCUCCCGCUGGAGGACGGAGAUACACACGAAUGAGUUUUUCAGCUUUGGGAAGAUCCUUUUUCGGAACUCCACAAUUUUCAUCAAAUUUGAAAAUGACCAGAAGACAUGCGAUCACUCUCUUCGUUAUAACAUCAGUUGGUAUUUACGGCAGUGCAAUUGCUAUAAUGAAAUCUCUAAUUUUGGGGAAGAGCAGGCUCAGGAGUACAUGAUUUCCACUUCAGUGAUGCGAGAAGGCUGGACUGGAUCCUAUGCCCGGAAUUCAUUCGUUGUCACCAACUGUGAGGAGCUUUUCAAACCUAUGCAAUUCAAGGGAUUAAUUGAACCAAUGCCGCUCGAUGAUGACAAAAAUGAGAAAAAGGAGAAUGAAACCAAAGCACUGCAUAUUGAAAAUAAUGACAAACCAAUGAAUGCCAUCGUGCAGACAUGGAAGGAUGGGCCGUAUAUUUUCAUAGUUCAUGUUCAAAUACAAACCGCUCAGGAGCCGUCUCCAAGAAGUAAAAGAAGUGAUGAGCCUCAAGUUCCAGUUAUCACCACUACUGCAAGUGCUAAAGAAAAGUCUUUAAACAUGAUCGUGGAAGUGAAAGGACCCUAUGAAUACUUGUCACUAGCUGACUAUCCACGCAUGAUUUUUUUCAUGGUGAUGUGUAUCGUUUAUGUGCUGUUUGGUGUUCUUUGGCUGGCCUGGUCUGCGUGUUACUGGAGGGACCUGCUCAGGAUACAGUUCUGGGUGGGUGCUGUCAUCUUCCUGGGCAUGCUGGAAAAAGCCGUCUUUUAUGCCGAAUUCCAAAACAUCCGAUAUAAGGGAGAAUCUGUGGAAGGAGCCGUUAUUCUUGGAGAGCUGCUUUCUGCUGUUAAGAGGUCUUUAGCACGCAUACUUGUAAUCAUCGUCAGCCUGGGUUAUGGUAUUGUCAAGCCGCGUCUUGGUGCUACGCUGCACAAGGUCGUUAUGGCUGGAGCGCUCUACCUACUGUUCUCUGGCAUGGAAGGCGUUCUUCGAGUCACAGGCCAUUACUUCAGUACCAUGGCAAUAAUUGCAAAUGUGAGUCUUUCAUUGAUCGAUGCCUGCAUUAUCUUUUGGAUCUUCAUAAGCCUCACACAGACCAUGAAGCUGCUGAGACUAAGAAGGAACGUGGUCAAGUUGUCUUUGUACAGACACUUCACCAACACGCUCAUCUUGGCUGUUGUAGCAUCAGUUGUAUUUAUUGUAUGGACUACCAUGAAAUUCCGUCUGGUGGAUUGUCAGUCGGAUUGGCAGGAACUCUGGGUGGAUGAUGCCAUCUGGCGACUUCUUUUCUCCAUGAUCCUUUUUGUUAUUAUGGUCUUGUGGAGGCCAUCAGCAAACAACCAGAGGUUUGCCUUUUCUCCACUAACAGAGGAAGAUGAAGAUGAUGAACAGAAGGAGCCAAUGCUAAAAGAAAGUUUUGAGGGUAUGAAAAUGAGAAGCUCAAAGCAAGAAACAAAUGGAAACCCUAAAGCAACAAAAGCCGAGGAAGAUCUGAAGUGGGUAGAAGAAAACAUCCCAUCUUCUGUAACUGAUGUGGCUCUCCCUGCAUUGCUCGAUUCAGAUGAGGAGCGCAUGAUCACCCACUUUGAAAGGUCAAAAAUGGAAUGAAAAAAAGAUUUGCAGGUGAAAAAAUGGACUGCGUGCUCUCUCCCUAGAGAUGGUCCAGAAUAAUGGAUUUUUUAGGUCCGUGACCCCACUGCGAGAUGGAGGAGGACCAGCAGUCCUUUGGAAUUAUUUUUUCCCCCUUUAAAAUGCGAACUGAUUUACAUUGCUCUGCCCCCAAAUUCUGUUUUCCUCUCAAGGACUGUAAGCGCGAUACAAAGAAGCAUUUUAUCCACACUGCCCAUUAUUGAACAUGUUUCCAAGACAGAAUCUACAGUAUGUUCUUUGAGCGCCAAAGGAAUGUGGGUGGCAUUGCGCCCCCAGCUGGUGAGCGGAGAGUUUAUCCUUGCUUCUGCACUUUAGGGUUUACAUGUUUAAAUUAACAAUAUUCAGCAGGAGACUUGAUGCAUUCAGUUUGCAUUCUCUGCUAGUUACAUGGCUUUGUGAUUAGGGUGAAAGGCGAGGUGGAUACAUUUUGUGUGCUUUGUUCUGGCUCAUUUUGUUUACGAAAUACACACUUAACGUUUUGGUUUGCCUUUCUAAUGUGCAUUUUAACAAAAACUAGCAUCAAACACAGAGGUCCUCUUUUGAAACUGUGAAAAGGUAAUCUGAAGACUUUGAGUGUAUAUCAAAGAAUUAAGCUUUUAUGUCAGCAUAAUGAAGACAUAUUGACAGAAAGCUUGUUGAGAACUUUAAGUGAAUUCCGUUUGGAAGAGUUCUGUUUGGAAACUGCGCUGAGAUCACUUCUUACUGCUACUUCAUAGGUCAACAAAAAGAUAACUGGAAAAUCCACAAUAUUCACGGAAAAAAGUAACCACUAACUAAACUACAGAAGACGUUCUCAAUUUGGGUCAUGUUUAACUUCUGCAAGGUGAUGGAAAACCAAUAAUUUAAUAGACUGGGCUACACAUUCUUUGUACAUCUAGCUUAAACAUGGAUUUUAUUUUAAUUUUAUUUACUGUUUGACAUGUUUUGUGCUUUCUAAGUCUGUCAUUUUUAUAAAUAUAAAACCCAGGAAAAAAAACCUGAUAUUUCUCUCUUCCUUUAUUUAUUUACCUGUUUACAAAGAUGGUAAAUAAAACAGACACUUAUGAGAGACUAA